AACAACGCUGAUCUAUCGCAAUGAAACAAUAACAAAAUCAGCUGCAAAACAGAGUUUGUGCCACGCAAAAAAAAGGAAAUAACAAAUUGAUUGUUGAAAGGACGUCCAGGAAUAUUUUUGGCCAGACAGAGAGAGCUACGUUCGCACAAGGUACAGGAGCAAACAGGCAGCAGACAUGUCUUGGCUGAACAACAGCCUCAACUCCAUCAAGGGCCAGCUGACGAAUCUGGCCCAGGAAGUGCUGGCCGACACUGCCGGACCAGGCGACGAGGACUACCGCGGCGCGGAUACUGAUACAAAGACGGCCUUGGACCUGCUGGCGGAGUCGCAACACCAAAAGGAACAGCUGGACCAGCUCUGUGGGGACAAGGAUCGCGAGAUUGCUGCACUUCGGAGGCAAAUUACAAAACUGAAUAGCCAACAAAUUGGCGACGGAUUCGUCACACCAUCAUCAUCUGUAGCAGGAGCCGCCACAACAGCCGCAGAGCCUCUGAAACAGCCGCAGCGGAAGGCCGCUGAAGACCAGAAUGUGGAGGACAGCUGGGAGUGCUGGGACGACGGCGCCGACGGAUCCGAGGGACAGGGAGACGCCACAGCAGCCGGAACAGCCGGGACAGAAAACUCGGGGGCGGGACUCGUGGACAUAGCCCUGGGCAACAGCGAUGUGUCCCGCCUGAACGAUCGCAUCGCGGAGCUGGAGCAGCUCAACGCACAGUUGAACGCCUCGUUGGAGGAGCUGGACGCCCAGCACGAGCUGGCCAUGCGGGAUGUGCUGGGGCGCAAAGAGCAGCUGCAGCUGCAGGUGGGGGAGCUGAGGCAGCGGCAGGCGGACCGCAUGGUCGAGCACGAGAUGGCCAUUGCCCGGCAGCAGAAGCAGCUGGAGGAGCACAGCAGGGCGGAGAGUGCCCUGGCGGCGGCCAAGGAGGAGCUGCAGCAGAAGCUGGAGCAGCAGGCGCUGGAGCUGAAGCAGGGAGUGCUGGAGCUGGCCGGGAUGCAGGAGCUGCUGGAAAAGCGGGGCGCGGACAAUGGCGAGCUGAUCGAUCGCGUUCGCCUGGCCGAGGCGGAGCGGGAGAAACUGCUCAAGGAGCUGGAUGACCUCAAGCUGGCCAAGGAGAAAAAGACCUCUGAGUCGUCCUCUAACAGCUCCUCCACCUCCACCAAGCACAGUGAGGACGAGUUCAUUGUGGUGCGACAGGCGGAUGCCAUCUCCGGCUCCGGCUCCGGCUCUGGCUCCGAUCCAGACCCCGAUCCGGACCCCACGCAACCCCCCUCUAAGGAGAAGCUGCGCGACAAGCUCGUGGCCCUCGAGACGCGCAUCACGGAGCUCAGCCUGGCCAACAGCCAGCUGCAGGACGCCCAGCUGGAGAAGGAGCUCUCCUCCAGCCUUCUGGGCGAUCAGCUGGCCGAGCUGGAGACCCGCCUGCGCAUCAGCGAGGGCGAGAAGGAGCAGCUGCAGCUGGAGCUGCAGUUCAAGCUGCAACAGCUCACCAUGCAGAACCAGGAGCUCAAGCUGAACGCCGAGGCGGAGCAGGAGACCCACACGCACGACUUGGAGCAGCAAAUGGACACCCUGCGCGCCGACAAUCGGCGACUGCGCCAGGAGCUGGACGCCAGCAUAGCCCAGGCCAAGUUCCGGCAGGCCAUUGCCGAGGAGAAGCAGGAGAUCACCGACCUGGACGACGCCGAGGCGGACGACGAGGACGAGCUGGAGAAGCUUCGGUCCCUCCUGCAGGCCCAGAUUGAGGACCGCCUCUCCACGGCAGCGCCGCAGCAGAGCCUGGAGCGGGCCUACCGCGUCCUGAGCGAGCGCUGGCAGCGCCUCGACGUCGCCGAGAAGCGGCUGCUGGAGCUGCAGGACCAGCAGCGGAUCAGCGAUCACGAGAAGAAGACCUUGGAGGCAGACAUCUCGCAGUACAUUCUUCAGUGCGACGAUCUGAUGAAGAACAACGAGGUUCUACUCAACGAACUGGACAAGUUCAAGCGCAACAAGCUGGAGACCAUCGAGGAGCACCACGAGGAAACCAUUGUUCAGCUGGAGGGCCAGCUGGAGGAGGCCAGGCGCCGCCUUGAGACGGCGCACGAAGCCCAGAAGCGGCUCCAAUUGAAGCUGGAUGCGGAGGCGUCCCAGGCGGAGAAAGAGAAGGAGCAGGAGGACGACCGAGGCCAGAAGGAACAGGAGCUGAUAGAGUGCCGGACCAGGCUCUCCCAGAAGGAGUCGCAGCUAGAAGAGAUGCAGCGGCAGGUGGAAGAGCUCCACGCUGCCCAGGAGUACCACAAGUCCCAUCUGGUGAAGCUCCACGACCAGAUCCAUGCCAAGGACGCGCAGCUGGAGGAGCAAUGCUUGCAUUUGGAGCAGCUCAAAGCGCAGAUCAAUGGCAAGGACGAGCAGCUGGGAGGGAGAGACUAUGAGCAGAUCUUUGAGCUGGAGAGGCUCACAGAACAGAUCCAGGCCAAGGAAGAGCAGCUGGAGAAGCAGGCCACUGAUCUGGAGCAGCUCACAGAACAGGUCCAGGCCAAGGAAGAGCAGCUGGAGAAGCAGGCCACUGAUCUGGAGCAGCUCACAGAACAGGUCCAGGCCAAGGAAGAGCAGCUGGAGAAGCAGGCCACUGAUCUGGAGCAGCUCACAGAACAGGUCCACGCCAAGGAAGAGCAGCUGGAGAAGCAGGCCACUGAUCUGGAGCAGCUCACAGAACAGGUCCAGGCCAGGGACGAGCAGCUGAGCACAUUUCAGCAGAGCGAGGAUAAGUUGAAGCAAAUGGUCCAGCAGACCUACGACAGCCUUAGCCAGGAGAAGAUAGAGCUGAUCCACGCGGUCCAGCAGAAGCACGCGGAGAACACCCAGUACUAUGAGGAGAUCCAGCGCCUGCAGCCUUUCGCGCAGCAGGUCGCCGAGCUGGUCCGCGAGCGCGAUACGCUGCAGGAGCAGGUGAGGAGAGUGCAGGAGCUCAAGGAGAAGUCGGAAAUGCGCAUCACGAGCCUGUUGGCGGAGCAGAGCAGCCAGGCCCAGGCGGCCCGGGAGGCCCAGGAGCAGCAGGCAAGCGUCCAACGCGAUCUGGAGCGGCUGCGUGCCCAUCUCCUCGAGGUGGAGGAGCUGCACACCCAGGAGACAGUGGACCUGCAGCGCGAGCUGGACGAGUCGCGCACCAAGCUGACGGUCCUCCAGCAGGAGGUCUCCAAGUCGAGCACCGCGUACACUUCAGCCAGCAUUCGGGCGAACCAACAGGCGGAGACGCUGCAGACCCAGCAUGCCCUGCUCCAGCAGCAGCGGGACGAGCUGCUGGCCAAACUGGGGCAGUGCGAGGACCGCGAGAUGAAGCAGCAGGCGGCACUGACCAAUCUGCAGUGCGCCCUGGAACAGUUCCAGAACGACAAGGAGCACGACAUUGAGAUGGCCACCCAGCGCAUCCGCCGCGAGAUGAAGGCCCACUUGGACAGGCAGGACCGACUGCAGGCGGAAAUGGAGGCCAUGCAGCAGCAGCUGGCGGAGGCCAAUCGGGGACUGCGGGCGGCGGCGCGCCUCUCCGACCAGCUGGAGGCGGGACAGCAGACGAUCGCCGUGCUCAGGGAUGAAGUGGAGAGCCUGAAGGAGGCGAACGACCAGCUGGAGAAGAUGCUCAACAGCAGCGAGAGCAGCCAGACGGACAAGAUCGACAAGAGCCUGAUCAAGAGCCUGGUGAUCGGCUAUGUGGUGAGCGGAAAUGCUGCUGACAAGCAGCAGGUGUUGCGCCUGAUUUCUUCUGUGCUGGAGUUCUCCACCCAGGAGUUUGACAAAGUGGGUCUAAAUAAACAGCAGACCAGCUGGCUGGGAGCCAUACUCGGCGGUGGACCAGUGUCGGGGGGCUCAGGCCCGGGCCGCGGCAAUGAGAAUUUGGUGCAGGCAUUCGUGCAGUUCCUCGAGCAGGAGUCGCAGCCACAGACGGCGGCUCAGCUGCGACCGACCCUCCUUGGUAUGACUGGUCAGGUGGACACGGCCCCCCCGCCCCCACAUCCCCAGCCACACCCACACUCACACCCACACCCACACCCAGCGCAGGCAGCAGCAGGGCAUGCUGCUUCAGCAGUGCCUGCGGGUCAGGACCACGGCUCAGCACCGCCACUAUCUCUUCCAGCAUCGGGAAUGGGCGCGGGUGCCGGUGCCGGUGCCGGUGCCGGUGCCGGUGCAGGACAGUCAGGACAGCUAACAAUAAGCUCCAAUGAAUUUGCACCCUCACGCAACUCCAGUUCGAUAUUGAAGGACAUUCUCAGCGACUCCUGAUUCUUGUAGAAAGCCAGACUCCAUGGCCUGCUCUCCGCCCUUGAUUUUGAAUAAUUUUAACAUAUUUUUUUCUAUAUAUUUAAAUUGUAUGCGUGAAAUCUGUAACCCAAGCAUAUACCCAUGUUUAUUUCGGCAUAUAUCUCCGUGUAUGUAUGCAUAGAAACCUAUAUGGUAUAUAUGAGGUAUACAUAUAUAUUUUUUUUUCAGUCCCCCAACUGUGCAAUGUCUGUGUAUGUGUGGACCAUUAGCAAUUUGUAAAUAUGUAAUAUCCAAUUUGAAUAUGCCUUGGCGGCGGAAGGUAUGCCUGUGCUUGCCUCCCGCCUGCCGUGGACACGCCUUCACAGGGGCCUUGCUAACAAGUAGCCUAGCCGCCAAUCAAUAAACGAAUCAAAAAAGAAAAAAUAAACUACA